AUGGAUCGAUACACCUCUAAACUGUCUCCUGCUGUUGAUUACAGUGCGGGGACGUUCCUGCUGGUGAUAGCCAUUCUCUCCAUCCUUGGCAAUGCAGCGGUUCUGUUAACAGCAGCCUGGCGUCACAGCGUUCUCAAAGCUCCUGAACUCCUCACAGUCAAUCUGGCUGUGACUGACAUUGGCAUGGCUCUCAGCAUGUACCCACUUUCAAUCGCCUCUGCUUUCAACCAUGCGUGGAUUGGUGGUGACCCGUCCUGUCUGUAUUAUGGCCUGAUGGGUAUGAUUUUCAGCGUGGCCAGCAUUAUGACUCUUGCUGUCAUGGGGUUGGUGAGAUAUCUUGUGACAGGAAACCCUCCAAAAUCAGGCAGCAAGUUUCGAAGAAAAACUAUAAGUAUAUUGAUUGGUGUCAUCUGGAUGUAUUCACUGCUGUGGGCUGUUUUUCCUAUUCUGGGAUGGGGAGGAUAUGGGCCAGAACCCUUCGGAUUGGCCUGCUCUGUGGAUUGGAUGGGAUACCAGCACUCUUUAAACCGCUCUUCAUUCAUUAUGGCUUUAGCCAUUCUGUGCACCCUCAUGCCAUGUGUGGUCAUCCUGUUCUCUUAUAGUGGCAUCGCCUGGAAGCUCCACAAGGCUUAUCAGUCCAUCCAGAGCAAUGAUAACCUGCCCAACUCAGGGGCCGUCGAGAGAAAAGUCACCCUGAUGGGCAUCCUGAUCAGCACUGGCUUUAUUGUGUCCUGGGCGCCCUAUGUGUUCGUCAGUCUCUGGACCAUGUUUCGCUCCGAGGGAGAAGACAGCGUGGUGCCAAUCGUCAGCUUGCUUCCCUGCCUCUUCGCAAAGUGCUCAACGGUGUACAACCCUUUGGUCUACUAUGUUUUCCGCAAAUCUUUCCGCAGAGAGAUACAUCAGAUCCGGAUAUGUUGUUUUCAAGGUUGCUGGGAUGCUGUGAGCAAAAUGACAAGAGGAGAUGGUCCAGAGGAAACUAGCGGGACACAUGAGACAGAUAAUAUUUGA